GCAACUAGCACGAAAUAGUUAGCRAGGCUUAUCUUCUCUGGCGGUCGGGAGAGGUAGCGACGCAGUAUUGGUAUAACGAAAAAGCUGAAAAUAUAACAGUAUUUAUGGCUCUACGUAUAUAACUCUGAAUAAGGUGUAAAUAUAAACACAAUUCGGAUAAUAGAAGUGAAUUUCCUUCGAGUUUUUGGCGCAUUAAAUGGAGGAUAAGAAGGAAGACGGAGACUCGGAAAUACAGGAACACGGACCGGAGCACUGGUUCUCAAAAUGGGAGCGGCAGUGUUUGGCCGAAGCGGAGCAGAUGGAGCCAGGCGAAGAGGAGCCGGACAACGAUCAGGAUAAACUCUGGCAUCUUUUCCAGAACUCCGCCACCGCUGUGGCACAGUUAUACAAAGACAGGGUAUGCCACCAGCAGGGCCUGUCACUGUGGGUCCCAUUUCAGAACGCUGCUACAGCAGUAACAAACCUUUACAAAGAGAGUGUGGAGGCCCAUCAGAGAAGUUUUGAUCGAGGGAUCCAGAUAGGUCACCAACGCCGAAACAAGGACAUGUUGGCCUGGGUGAAAAAGCGCAGAAGAACCAUUCGUAGGGAGGAUCUGAUCAGCUUCCUGUGCGGCAAAGCYCCACCACACAGAAGUAGCAGGACCAGCUCUCGGUUGGCCAUGGUGGCCCCCAGUCGAGCUAAUUCACCAGCUGAGACGGGCUCAUCUGUGGAAACAGACCUUCAGCCCUUCAGGGAGGCCAUAGCACUUCACGGUCUGAGUGGCGCAAUGGCGAGCAUCAGUGUGCGCUCCGGCCCUCCCAGCUCUCCCACACAUGUGAGCGGCGGCGGCAGCAACACGGGCGGAGGAAGUUCCUCCGGCUCCGGGCCGGUGUGCCGCAGCAGGCGCAACGGGCUCCAAGAUGUCGACCUGAACACUUUCAUCUCAGAGGAGAUGGCGCGACAUCUGGACCCCACAGGCUCRGCCUCCGCCGGAGGGGGAGGGACCAGGAAACGUAACUCCACCCAAUGUACUGAUGUCAUCACGGACUCCCCCACGCACAAACGCAACCGGAUGAUCUGAUGUGGGGGGGUGGGGGGGUCUUCAGAGUGGAGGCCGGGAGGAGGGUGUUCAGACAGACUUUCAGGCYCACGGGCUGAAGAUAAAGUCAUGGAUUCUUUUCUUUGUCCUUUCCUAACACUAGACGUACAAUCUACAAUCAGAAGUGUGUGUGUGCGCGCGCGUGAGAGAUAGUGGAAGGUUUGGACGACAUUGUGCAUUUCUCCGACCUCCACGAUGCAAAAAGGGGACGACACAGAUGUUUUCACUGUGUGACUCAUCGGUGCCCUUCCUCUCCCUGGACCUCACUCAUCCUCACCUGCCACCUUAAUAAGGAAGUUAGGGCCAUGAUCAAGCAGCUUCCCGCAGCAGAUGGAGUUUUGUUCGCCAAACGUUGGACCCAUCUUUGUCAAAGACUCGGCCCUUCAUAAGACAAACCUGUUUUGUUUGCCGUUACUUCAUCCUCGCAGCUCUGAGAGGUGGAGCUGAUUCACCCGGCGCCAAGAGCCAGGUGUGACCCGUUACACAUCUGUCUGCUGGGUGGACMGCACCGACAACCACCAGGAACUCAGACAAAUUGUCUGCGCACCACUCAGCUUCUUUUAUCUUUUUGUUGUAUUCACCCACCAGUGUUAAACUUCUAGGCAGGUUGCCUCCGUGCAGCAGGACAAGUCCGAGCAUCCUUUGCUUUUCUUUCUUUUUGUUGUUGUUUCAGGAGUUUUUGUGUGUACYUUCACUCAACCAAUCCACUCGCUGACUGUGACGCCCCCCUCUCCCUCCGUCUUAUGAAAGCAGCUGCUGCUUUUACGUGGUCGUGCGACGAUUCUGAUGAGUUGCAAUAAGUUUUUUUUUCUUUUCUUCUUGCACUUAGCUUUUCACCUUUAACUUCAUGCAAACAAAUCGGCUCUUCCAUCGUAUUCGGCUCGUCCGGCCCUGAACGAGGCCCGCUUGUAUUUAGGUGCUUUUAGAAGAAAGUAAAACAACAAAAAAAGAAAAACACUUUUCAGUAACUGUUUAAUAACAUUUGGUCAAAGCCGUGGAGCAUUUUUUUCUUUGUUACGUUGUGCUCCUUUGAAAUUCAGUCCUUUGAAUUAAUUUUAUUCAGACAGAUUAUAUAAUUUAUUGGGGAAUCAGUGCUGGGAAGAAAAAAUAAAUGUAUUGGCCAAACCUGCCCACCCAGCACACAAGAUAAUCUCAAAGUUUAAUGUGAAAGGGACAUGUGUGUGUGUUUAUAUUGAGUAAAACUUCAUUAUUUUGGUGCAGAACGUUGAUUUUUGGGAACAUAUUUAAUUUAUUAGUGUUGAAGACACUGCCACAAUAAAUAUGUAAAUUUGGGCAUAUUUGGCACAGAUUAGUUGGACUGAUCUCAGAUGAAUUUUUCUUUUUGUGUCUUUCAAAGUUUAUUAGAAGGAAACAGAUGAUGGUAAAGGAUUUAAAACCAAUUCCUUGAGUUUAGAUAAAUACAAAAAACAAUUAUAGUAAUAAUUCCAAUAACACAUGCAGUAGUAAGUUCUCUGUUAAAGCCCAUGGUUUGUUAAUGUCUCUUAUUUUUCCCCCCAUUUGUUGAUCUGCCUGUGCCAGUUAACAUUAUUUUUGUUGUCUAAAGUUUUAUCUUUAGUUGUGUAAAGCUUGCCAGCUUUGCCCUGCUGUUACAGUUUGGUCUCUAAUUUCAAACUUUCCAUUUUUAAUCUCAUGUUCACAAAACAGAAGUAGAGAUUUGUCAGUAAUUCAGAAUGUAGCUCUGCACCCAGAGAAACACAAUGAGACGAGAUAAACUAGUCAUUGUGAGUAAAGUGAAAAAUCCAACGGAAUGAUUCAAUGUUUCUGCAAAGAAAAAAAAAGUAACGUUUCAGUUCACUCGAUACAAAAACAACGCAGGAAAAUGAAUGGAAAAAAAAAAACAAGUGGAUGCUUUUUCAAUUGUCUUUGCAUAAAAGAAAGACUUGGAGCAGCUUUGUUUAGUUAUUUAAAGUGAGGAUGUGCUCCGAUCACAUGCAGAAAUCAGAAUCUUGAUGUUUGAUUACAAAGUUGUCCAACAGGACGAACCGUCUCUGUCCUAACUCCUGUCCAGUCUGCAGCCAUUGUCCCCCACUGGUGUUAGUGUGGUUACAGAAAAGGUGGCACUUUUGUUUUUGUUUGUUUGUUUUGUCAUCCCUCAGCCAGCCACGGCGUUCGACAGGAUUUCAAUAAGGCCGACUCUUGCCACGUGUCUCUGGAGCCAACGUACCACCGGCCGUUUCUUCAGUCUACUUUGUCAAACAAAACAARAAAUGGCUAAUCUAUAUCCUUAACAACUGAUUGUUGGUAUAAUGUAUGUGGUUCACAUUGUAAAAUAAAUAAAACCGUUGAGUUGGAA